CUCUCAGUGUGUGUGUGUGUGUGUGUGUGUGUGUGUGUUGACACUCUGGCCUGCUUGACGAUGUGAGGUCGAAAGAAUCCGUCUGAAGCCUGUAGUAAUGUUCCCUCUGCUGUGAUGUCGUCCGUGUUUAUGAUCUUCCUGCACUAAUGUGAUGGUGUAACUGAAGCAGGUCUUAAGAUGCUGCUCUCUUUGGGGAUGCUGAUGCUCUCGGCCACACAGAUUUACACCAUUGUGACGGUUCAGAUAUUUGCCUUCCUCAAUCUGCUGCCCGUGGAGGCCGACAUAUCAGCUUAUUCAUUCGACAAUAAGACGGAGAGCUUUGAUGAUCUGCCAGCUCGAUUUGGCUACAGGCUUCCCAGUGAUGGACUGAAGGGUUUCCUGAUCGGGGCCCGUCCGGAGAACGCCUGUGUGCCGAUCGCCCCCCCUCCCCUGCGGGACGGCCGCAGCAGUGCCUUCAUCGUGCUGAUCAGGCGCUUCGACUGUAACUUUGACGUCAAGGUCCUCCAUGCGCAGAAGGCCGGCUACAAGGCGGCGAUUGUCCACAAUGUGGACUCUGAUGACUUAAUCAACAUGGGAUCCAACGAUCUGGAUCUUCUGAAGCAGAUAGACAUUCCUUCAGUGUUUAUUGGUGAAGAAGCGGCCAACUCUCUCAAAGAGGAUUACAUCUAUCAGAAAGGUGGUCAUGUGACUCUCCUGCCGGACUUCAGCUUGCCUCUGGAAUACUAUCUGAUCCCAUUCCUCAUCAUCGUUGGAAUCUGCCUCAUCCUCAUUGUAGUGUUCAUGAUCACGAAGUUCGUACAGGACAGACACAGAGCCAGGAGAAGUCGCUUACGCAAGGACCAGCUGAAGAAACUCCCAAUUCACAAGUAUAAGAAAGGUGAUUUGUAUGACGUGUGUGCCAUUUGUUUGGAGGAGUACGAGGAGGGCGACAAGCUGCGGGUUCUUCCCUGCUCACACGCCUACCACAGCAAGUGUGUGGACCCAUGGCUGACCAAAACCAGGAAGACCUGCCCCGUGUGCAAGCAGAAGGUGGUGUCGUCCGACGGCGACUCUGACUCUGGUGACAGUGGUGGAGAGGAGAACGAAGCCUCAGAAAACACGCCCCUGCUGCGAUCUCUGGCCUCCACCAGCGCCCAUUCCUUCGGGACCAUGUCCGGCCCGCUGUCCCGUCACGACGCAGAGUCCUCGGACUACGACGAGCGCAGCGCCUCGACCGACUGCGAGGAGGAGGAUGACGUGGAGACGGUGGUUGUACAGCUGCAGCAGGACCGUCCCGACGACACGGAGGCCAUCGCUUGAGACGCCCGCUACAACUCUCAGCCAGAAGUUAUCAUAAAACAUCUUUAACGUUCACAGCGAUACUAUGCAGCGAAAUUGAAUAAAUCACAAAUUUUGCCAACCUGGUGAGACGUCACCUUUGAGGAUGUGAUUAGCGCUUGCUGCUGGACGUGUAGUUAGCUAAUAACACAUUUACAUACUGUAAGGAGUUUUUUUUUUUUUUUGCUAACACAAAGUGAUCUGUUACUGAUGUAACUUUACUGUAAAUACACCUUUCACUCACCCUUGUUUCUAAAUAGUCUACAUUCUCUUCAUGAAUAAAAUACUACACCUUU